AUGGAGUCGGGUUCAAUGCAGACAGAGGGUAGUAGCGACACGCUGAAGUAUCAAUUACUCGGGCCCUCUUUAACCAAAGCGGGUCAAGAUGCAGUUGAUCAGCAAAAGGUCUCUGAAAUUAUUUAUGAAGCAUCAAGAGGCUCCAAAUUCUUCAACCAUGAGCAAGACCGCGAUAGAAACCUGACUGUCAAGAUCGAGCGCAUUCGACAAGAAAAAGCUCGUCUUGAAACCUUAGAUCUCACUCAUGAUCUUCGACGGGCCGAUGAGUACCUGGCUGAGUUAGAAAUGACUCGUGACCUUUCUCAAUACGUGAUCCAUGUCGACUGCGAUGCAUUCUUUGCCGCGGUUGAGGAGUUGGACCGACCGGAGCUGAAAACGGUCCCAAUGGCCGUUGGGAAGGGCGUUUUGACAACAUGCAAUUAUUUGGCUCGAAAAUUUGGAGUAAGAAGUGGGAUGGCAUCAUUUGUGGCAAAGAAACUUUGCCCUGAACUUGUUCUUCUUCCACAGAACUAUGAAAAAUAUACGGCGAAAGCAAAGGAGAUCCGCGAGAUCAUGGCACAGUAUGACCCUCUGUUUGAGAGUGCCAGCAUCGAUGAAGCCUACUUAAAUAUCACCGCAUACUGCGCUGAAAAUGAAAUGGAUCCGGAAGAGACGGUCCAACGGAUGCGCGCUGAAAUCCUGGAGACUACAAAGGUGUCUGUCUCAGCCGGGAUUGCCGCGAAUGCGAAAAUUGCGAAGAUAUCGUCAAAUCAUAACAAGCCAAAUGGUCAAUUCCGGGUUCCCAACGACCGAGCGGCAAUAAUGGGAUUCAUGCGAGACCUCCCUGUGCGCAAAGUCAAUGGUGUGGGUCGCGUCUUUGAACGAGAACUAGGUUCUAUUGGCAUCGAGACCUGCGGUGAUAUUCACUCAUACCGCGGAAUCUUGACCAGACUAUUCGGGGAAAAGGCAUUCCAGUUUCUUGCCCAAUGCUAUCUAGGUCUCGGGCGAACAAAAAUCGAGCCAGUUGAAACCCAUGAACGAAAAAGUGUGGGAACUGAAACCACGUUCCACGAAAUUGGGGAUAAGGAGCAGAUUCGUGCCAAGUUACAUUGGGUAUCGCAGGAACUGGAAGGCGAUCUGGCACGAACGCAGUUUAAGGGCCGAACGUUGGUUCUCAAAGUGAAAUUACACACGUUUGAGGUACUGAUCCGUCAAAUAGCUCCGACUAGAGCUGUCUGUCAGGCGAAAGAUCUGUAUAAUUUCGCACUACCCAUGCUAGCUAAGCUGGAAAAGGAAAUUCCUGGCAUGAAGCUCCGAUUGCUUGGUCUACGUUGCACGAAUCUAGUUAGUACAAAAAAAGCCGGUACCAACUUCUUCGGUGUCCCAGCCGUGCAAGCCAGACCUAGUUCAACCGAAAAUCUCGAGCACAAGGCUGCCGAUCAUGAAAUUACGGCUGAAGAGGCUUUCGAGAUUGCUGCUAGGCAAGAAAUCCAAGACGAAAUGAAUGAUCUGGAGCAGCUCAGUCAAGAAGAAGUCCACCUCCGUGAUACUACUGCACCUUCUGAGGUUGAUCCUUUACCAGCUCAGUGGGACUGCCCCAUUUGCGGUCGAGCACAAGUGGCCGAUGACCGAGUCUUUAAUGAUCAUGUCGACUUCUGUCUCUCCCGACAGACCAUCCGUGAAGCCAUCCGAGAUACCUCGAAAACUCCAGAAGAGUCCACCAUCCCUCAAAAUCGGAAACGGAAACCCAUGUCUCAGCUGUCUCCUCCUGAUAUUGACCCUCGACAAAAACGACUUUUUUUCCGCUAA